AUGCACCAAAACUGUGCAAACGGCACAAGAUUAGCUGUAAAAAGAUUGAUGCCAAAUUUAAUCGAAGCCACACUAUUGACUGGCAAAGCGAAGGGGGAAUUUGUACUCAUCCCACGUAUUCCUCUGAUACCAACAGACAUGCCAUUUGAAUUCAAACGGUUGCAAUUCCCCGUGCGCCUAUCAUUCGCUAUGUCCAUAAAUAAAGCACAAGGACAAACGCUCCAAGUAUGCGGUUUGGAUUUGGAGGAACCGUGUUUUUCGCACGGGCAAUUAUACGUGGCCUCUUCAAGAGUUGGCACUCCAAAUUGUUUAUUUGUGUAUGCCCCAAAUGGACAAACAAAGAAUAUUGUUUACACAAAUGUGUUGGAUUAA